UGGAAUGGAGGAAUGGAAAGAAUGGCAAUGUAUGACGGGUGCUUUUCCAAAUCUUCAAGAUCUUUCCCUAAAUGAUUGUCCCAAGCUGAAAGGGCACUUGCCAGAACAACUUUCUCAUUUAAAGGACCUAACUAUUUCGAAGUGUGAACAACUUGUGGCUUCCAUUCCGAGGGCUGUGGAAAUCGAAAGUGUGAAGAUGGAGCCAUCUUCAUUUGAUACGAUAGGGCCACUGGUAUCUCAUAAUCCUUUAGAAUGCUUGUGUAUUGAUUCUUGUCUGGGGAUGAAUAUUCCCAUAAACCAUUACUACCAUUUGCUUCUAGAGUUGCGUAUCAUUCAUGGUUGUGACUCUUUGACGAUCUUUCCCCUAGAUUUGUUCCCAAAACUACGCAAGCUUGAACUAAACAAGUGUCGUAACCUACGAACGAUAUUACAGGGGAGCCCUCAUAAUCAUUUGAACAGUCUGAUAAUUGAAAAAUGCUCUGAAUUUGAAUCGUUUCCCAAUGAAGGUUUAUUUGAACCUCAACUGGAGACAUUUUGUAUUGAAGGAUCAGAAAAAUUGAAAUCAAUGCCUAAGCGCAUGUGCGCCCACCUUCCAUCUCUUGAACAUAUGCUCAUAAACAAUUGUCCAGGAGUGGAGUUGUCUGAGGGAUGUUUGCCAUCAAAUCUAAAGGUAUUGCGUAUCUUGAAUUGCCCCAAACUUGUUGUCUCACUGAAAGAAGGGUUGUCAGGCAAUCAGUCUCUACAAGUCUUGAUGAUUUCAAGUGAAGAUAUUGAGUCUUUUCCAGACGAAGGUUUGCUCCCCCUCUCUCUUACUAAAAUAGAGAUUCAUAAUUGUCCAAUGCUUAAGAAACUGGACUAUGGAGGUCUGUGUCUCCUCUCCUCUCUUCGGGAAUUGAUUAUUUGGAGGUGUCCUAUACUCCAAUCCUUGCCAGAGGAGGGUCUGCCCGAAUCCAUUUCACAUCUCAUCAUAGUUUCAGACAACCCGUUGCUCCAACAACUCUACAAGAAAUGAGAAGGUGAAGACUGGGAAAAGAUUGCGCACAUCGAAUACAUAUGGGUUCAAGG